AUGGAUGCUGGUGGCGGUGAAUUGGUCGGUGGUGGUUUUGGUAGUACGGGGAGUGGUCUGGACGCGAAGUGGUUUGGGGCUGAAAUGAACUGCUUGAGCGCGAGGCAAAAUCUGUCUGAAAUUGAAAAGGAGCUUUAUGAAGGAAUAUUUCUCAAAAGACAAAAUCUAGCAGGCACUCUUCCUCCAGAUUUGGUGAAGUUACCUUGCCUGCAAGUACUUAACCUCGCUGGCAACUACCUUAACGGUUCAAUCCCUUCUGCAUGGGGCUCCAUGCAACAACUGGUCUCCAUUUCUCUUUAUGAAAAUCGGGUAACGGGUUCUAUCCCCGGAGAUCUUGCAAAGAUCAAAACUCUCAGAAGCUUUUUACUCAGCUCGAACAAUUUUACUGGGGAGCUACCUCCUUCAUUUGCAAACUUGACCUCAUUGCAAAAUUUUCAGAUCAGCGACAAUCAACUUUCCGGACAGAUUCCCAGUUAUAUUCAAAAUUGGAAAAACCUCACUAAAUUAGUUAUUCAGGCAAGUGGUUUGAGGGGACCAAUUCCUUCCCUUGAUCUUUUGAAAAGCUUAUCUGACUUGAGAAUCAGUGACUUGAAUGGAUCUGACGUAACUUUUCCGCUGAAAAACAUUAACGUAUCGCAAUGGGUCAUACUGAUAUUGAGGAAUUGCAAUCUUACUGGACCACUACCCGAUCAAAUAUCGGAUAUCCAGAAAACGGAAUUUAAAAUCUUAGAUCUCAGCUUCAACGGACUAAGUGGAGAAAUUCCACCCAGUUUUGAAAAACUAGGAACUGUAGACAACAUAUACUUAACCGGCAACUUGUUAACUGGAUCAAUACCUGCAUGGAUACUGGACUCAACAAAAGCUAUUGAUCUUUCAUUUAACAAUUUUACAAUUGAAAAACCGAAAUUAUCAUCUUCAAAUUGUCGAGAAGGGGAUCGCCGGAUCAACUUGUUCAAGAGCUCUUCGAUGGGCAAUGACAUGUCCACGCUUCAUAUAAAUUGCGGUGGAGAAAGAGUAAUUGUUAAUGGAAGUACUGUAUUUGAUGCUGAUAUUGAUCAAGGGGGACCUUCAAAUUUCUUCCUCGCACAAGAUCGAGAUUGGUCGUCUAGCAGCACUGGUCAAUUCAUCCCUAAAAACGCUUACAUUUUGGCAAAUUCAUCCGAACUCUCUCCGAACACGACCAAUCCCAAACUGUACAUGACAGCGCGCUUUUCUCCUCUCUCUCUUACUUAUUAUGCCAUUUGUUUGGUAAGUGGGAAUUACAGAGUAAGCCUCCAUUUUGCGGAGAUAGUGUUCACUGAUGAUGAAACGAAUAAUAGCUUGGGAAGGCGUAUAUUUGAUGUUUACAUUCAGGGAGAGCGAGUGCUGCAGGAUUUCGAUAUUGUAAAAGCGGCACGUGGGGUUCGUAAGCCAAAUAUACAAAGUUUUAAUGCUCUCGUGACUAAUAGUACCCUGGAGAUCCGUUUCUACUGGGCCGGGAAGGGGACAACGGAUAUCCCGUCCAGAGGAUAUUAUGGUCCUCUUAUUUCUGCCAUUUCUGUGGAUAUCGACCGGCCUUCAGGUAUAUAUGCAGGAGCAGUGGUUGGAAUUCUCGUUGCCGGAGCUUUUGUUAUAAUGUUAUUUGUUAUAAUAUUAUUUGUUAUGGCUAUCCUUUGGUGGGAAGGCUGUCUAGGUCAGAGAUCAAGUGCUACUUAUCAUGAUUUCAGAGACCUAGACCUGAAAAUUGGAACAUUCACCUUGAGGCAAAUCAAAACAGCCACAAACAACUUUGAUGCGGCAAAUAAAAUUGGGGAAGGUGGUUUUGGUUCUGUUUAUAAGGGCCUUCUGUUUGAUGGCACCAUGAUAGCAGUUAAACAACUUUCUUCCAAAUCAAAGCAAGGAAAUCGUGAGUUUUUGAAUGAGAUCGGCAUGAUUUCUGCUUUGCAGCACCCUCAUCUUGUAAAGCUCUAUGGAUGCUGUGUUGAAAGGAAUCAAUUGUUGCUAGUAUACGAGUACAUGGAAAAUAAUAGCCUUGCUCGUGCUUUGUUUGGGCCAAAAGAAUAUCGGUUGCAAUUGGAUUGGCCAACAAGACAUAGGAUUUGUGUUGGUAUAGCAAGAGGUUUGGCCUAUCUCCAUGAAGAAUCAAGGUUGAAGAUUGUCCAUAGAGACAUCAAGGCUACUAAUGUCUUGCUUGAUAAAAAUCUCAACCCUAAAAUAUCCGACUUUGGUAUGGCCAAGCUUGAUGAAGAGGACAAUACCCACAUUAGCACCCGAAUUGCUGGAACCUAUGGUUAUAUGGCACCUGAGUAUGCAUUACAUGGUUAUUUAACUGACAAAGCAGAUGUUUAUAGUUUUGGAAUUGUUGCCUUGGAAAUUGUCAGUGGGAAGAGCAACACGAGUCACCGGCUUAAGGGGGAAUCUCUACAUCUUCUUGAUUGGGCACUUGUUUUGAAAGAGAAGGGAAAUUUGUUGGAUUUGGCUGAUCCAAGAUUAUGCUCAAACUACAGGAAGGAAGAGGUUAUGUGCAUGAUUAAAGUAGCUCUCCUAUGCACUAAUGUUUCUGCAGCAGUUAGGCCUACCAUGUCCUCAGUGGUGAGCAUGCUUGAGGGCGGCGCUGUUAUUCCUGAGUUGGGUCCUAAUUUAAGUAUCGUAGAUGAUGAAAUGAAAGUGAAGGCAUUGUGGGAGCAUUUUCAAAAUAAGAAAGAAUCGAGUAUGGGAAAUAGCCAAACCCAAAGUUUAUUAACGGAUAAACAAUUCACUGGUUCAUCUACAUCUGCCGUUGAUCUAUAUCCAAUCAAUAUGGAUUCUAGUUACUUUGAGAUAAGAGCUUAGAUAAAUGAGCAAUAAUGCUACUCUUUAUUCUUAAUUAGAGUGUGUCUUUAAUCUCACCAUUUGUUACAAUGUAAUAGAAUGUACUAGAGAAUAAGAUGUAAACGAGAGAUGGAAUGAGAAUAACUGUAUUCCUUUUC